CAAGAUGAGCGAGCCUAAAGCACGCAUCGAAAUGGCACCGAACGUUCCGGAACAUGCGGGUGAGACCACGCGUGAAUCAUUUCGGGUUGGUGUAAGAAUCCCACCAUUUUACGCCGAGAAACCAGCUCUUUGGUUCUCCCAGAUGGAAGCACAGUUUGCUCUGUCAAAUAUAAAAACUGACGAGACCAAGUUUUAUUAUGUAACGGGGAAUUUGGACCCUCAAUAUGCUUGCGAGGUGGAGGACAUAAUCACCUACCCCCCAACUACUAAUAAAUACGAAAGGCUAAAAAGCGAGUUGAUAAAAAGAUUAUCUGCUUCCAAAGAGAAGAAAUUAAAGCAGCUCCUCAUGCACGAGGAAUUAGGAGACAGAAAACCGUCACAGUUCUACAGGCAUCUUACGAACUUAGCUGGACCUGGAGUACCAGAAGACUUCCUGCGCACUAUAUGGGCAAGUCGACUCCCACAUAAUAUGCAGGCAAUUAUUGCCUCGCAAUCGAAAAGCACGAUCGACGAUCUGGCGGAAUUAGCUGACCGAAUUAGCGACGUGGUUGGACCUCAAAUGGCGUCAACAUCAGCCGUCACGAGUAAUAGCAGUGAAAAUACCGAAAUUGCAGCCCUGGCUAAACAAGUCGCUAGUUUAACCGAAAAAAUAGAAAGGAUGUCGAGAGAGCGCGGACGGUCUAGAUACCGGAACCGCAGUCGUCAUCGCUCGAGUUCUACGCGAUCAAAAUCUUCAUCACACUGCUGGUACCAUCAACAUUUCGGCGAACGUGCUAAAAAGUGUAUACCGCCAUGUGACUACCGAGCGUCGGGAAACGCAAAGGGCGAUCAGUAAUGGCGGCCAGUGAUUGCCCGAGUACCGGCCGCUUAUUCGUGACUGAUCGCAGAACCAAAAACCAAUUUUUAGUGGACACCGGCAGCGAUCUAUGCGUUUUCCCCCGAUCAGCCUUAUCAGGACGACGUGAGAAAACGAAGUUCGAGUUAAGUGCGGCAAACGAAACCAGCGCCUUAUCGACAACACAACUACGCUUACGUCCCCGGCUUCGUCUGCACAUUCAGCAGAC